ACGCUUCACCGGAAGUCACGUGUUUAGCAUAAUGCUACUUCUGCUUUGCCUCCGUUGCUUCGUCGCCAUCUCUCAGUGAAAACGCGUCCGUCGACUUUUUAGCAGCAGAAAUAAUCAACAAGUCACCGAUUAACGGGAGAAACUUUCUGAUCGACGUUGAAACGUUACCGUCGUUCAGGAAGUCGCUCCGCGUGCGAGCAGCUCGGAUUUAUCCGCCCGCGAAGAAGAAGUUAGCUUCGCCAGGCUAGCUGUUAGCCUGUGACGUCGUCGGUUGGAGCAACUUUUUUAUGUUUCCGGCAACUCGGAGCAAUGUUGGACGGAUCUGCGGCUCACGGCGAUGAGGCCAACAUCGGCAACGUCGAAAACAACAACCCGAUAUCGUUGAUUUCCGGCGGCGAUGGGUUGAGCAACGCGGGCAACAAAGCGAGGCAGCUGAGGAGAGGGGGGAGGAAGCUGCGGUCCGCGGCCCCGCUGCAUCAACACAAAGCCCCGAGAAACGGGCCCAACGUCCGGCUGUCCGAUCACAACAACAACAACACCCAGACCGGACACACGCAGCCCGGUACCGAGCUGCCCGCCGGUACACAGACGGUACUGAGCCUGCAUCAGCUGAAGCAGGGAGCCAAGAAAGAGCUGCUGAAAUCCAAAGGUGGCAGACUGGAGCGAGGGAGCAUGCAGCCGGGCGGCCAACCUGCCCGCAACCUUCCCAGACACGACCAGAUCACCCAGAACGUGAUCACACGGAGCCACAAGCCCAAGCAGAUCCAAACCCUCGGCACUUCUCACCCCACGAGGAAGAAAGACAACAGCAGCCCCAACAAGCCCCCUCCUCUCCACCAGCCUCCACUCCGAGAGCAGAAAAAGCCGCUCCACGCCUCCAACAACGUGAAGAUCGCCGUGAACACGCCGCCCUCUGAAGCGUCCCUCGAAUACCUCAAAGACGGCGACAAGGUGUACGCUGGAGCGAAGUUCAGUGAGCCCCCAUCGCCCAGUGUCUUACCCAAACCACCCAGUCACUGGGUCGGAGAAAACGAGCCUCAACAGAGCGACCAAAGCCGAGAGCAAAUGACUGUUCACCUAAAGUCGCUGCUGAAGGUUCCGGAUAAAUCAUGACCACACUUUGACACGUCUAAUUCAUGCUGAACGCCAACAAUUGGAAAAUUACUAUUAGAUCCACCCGAAUUUGGCCUUUGAGACACUGCAAUACAAUGUGAGAAGUUUUUAUUCGCUGUAGUACAAUUCCCCGUGAUUCAACACGCCGCCUGCAUCUGUGAACAUUUGGGAGCCGCGUUGUAGCCGGAGGUCCGUCUGAUGUGCAGCAUACCUGCCUUCUUGUUGGCAGUGGAAAGAGAAGAUAAUAAUAGUUGUGAUUGAGUUCACAGAACGGACUGUGAACGUAAGAAAAGGUUUUAUCCGGACGGUCGAGGUCGUCUCCAGCAGCAGCGCGCUCGGCGUCUCACGUUCAUCACGUGACGUAAAGCGGCGACGGGCACUUUGUGUGAACACUUUCGAAAAGGCAGCGUCGUGUCGAUGGACUUUUUAAAGUGCUCGUGUAAAUGUACAUAUUAUAUUAUGAACAUAUAACAUAUAUUUGUGUAUAUUUUUCCUUGUUGUUUUAACUGAGAUUCUAGUUUUGUUACUGAGUUUUUUUCCAAAAAAAGAAAAGUUCAAAAAAAAAAAAAAAAAAAAGUCUCCUGCGAACUGAGGCACUUUGUUCCAGCUCAGUCAGUUUGAGGCACAGUGGACGAAAGAAAGACUUUUCUUACUGAUCUGCACUGAAACUUCAAAAACGAGAAUGGCGGGAUGUUCCAAAGCUUGACCGGCCACUAUGAUGACUUCACCAGCCGGCGUUAGAGCACACGAGAGGAUUUCCAGAUAUCCCGGCUGGUUAACUUCCAAAAAAAUGGCUCGGGAUAGCGGACAGAUCCAAAAGCCACGGCCAGCAGGAAUCAGCUGGUCAGCUGAAGUUCUUUCCCUGAAAACGGGUCCAGCCGGUGGGAAAAGUCAAAAUCAGGGACUGUGAGGCUGCUGAAGCCUCGGAGAACUGAAGAGAAGACGACAGGGUGAAGUCUCACGAGCAGCUGCUGCACAAAGCCAGUAUCCAGCAUCCAGACUGAGCUCUUUGUCUUUCCUGUCUGUCCACACCGAGCCGCCGCCGCCGCCACCGCUCCAAACACUGCAAACGUUUUCAGAAGUGGGUAAAUCUCAAAACGUGGGCUCGGCAUCACACCUGGAGGAUGUAUGGCAGACAAAAAGUCACUUUGCCAGAAGAUGUCACGAUUAGUUGACUGCCAGAAAAAAUAUCUGCAACUAUUUUGACGAUUGUUUGAGUCUCUAUGUUUGGAUUUAGACAUUUGAAGAUGUCGUUUAUCAUAAGAGGCUUUUUAAACAAUUUUCAAAACGAUUAAUCUAAUCUGGCUAAUGAAUCCAUCGUUUAUCGAAGCUUUACUUAAUAGAAGCAGAUAAAAUACGCUAGGUGAGCGCAGCGCAUUAAAGGAUGGUGGCUGUUUGUUUCAGCAUGGACAGACGUCUUUACCAGAAUGACAUGAAAACGUUGCUGUAGACGCACAUUGUUUUUAUACGUUAACUGCGUUUUAAACUGGCUCCACGUGGACGGAGUCUCACUUUGUUUGUUUUUCGUUUCACGUACCUCUUCAACACUCCAGGAUAUUUAAAGCACAUCAGUUUAUACCAAGAGUUCAGUAUGUGUUGAAUUGGGCACAGAUGACCUGUGUGCCACAUGUUUCUCUUAUUUUAUUUGAAUGUUUUCUGUGGAUGCAGGCAGCUGCUGGAUCUCGUUUCUUUGACUUCUGUGACGUCACACGAAUGGAAAAUUGUAUUACUGUAGCGAAAACUGCCCGUUUUAUUGCAGUGUUUUUGAAAUGAUUUCAUUCCAGUCACGAGAAUAUGCUUCACAACACAUGUCACAAUUUGGGAAAAAAAUGUGUUUAUUUUAUGAAGCCUUUCAUAUCUAAAUUAAAAAACAAUAUUAAAACACA